AUGCUGAGCUCCGCCGUGCUGCGCCGCGCUGCGAUCGCGAGCCUGCACAGGGCGGCGACCUGCGAGCAGCUUCGCCGUGCGCAUUGGUGGAAGCGGUCGGAGAGACGGCGUCAGGAGCUGGCGGAGAGAGCCAAAUGGCUGUUUGCAGAGGCAGGCCUGCUCGCCCUCCUCUGGCGCGCAUAUCUCGUCGUUCGCACGCCAGCAGGUGCGGCCGUCGUGGCGUCCACGUUUGGCCUCGGCGGCUAUCACUACAGCCUCGACGACGGGUCGAUGCCAUCGCCACCUCUCGAGCCGAAGCCUCUCCCACAGUCGGCCGCGGAAGCAGAGGGCAGCAUCCCGCUUCCCAGGGCGUGGCGUCAUCGCGAUUUUACCGACGUGCGCUGCCAUCGCGUCGAUAUCUCAAGCGACGAGAGCCUGCGGAGAGCACUGGAGGACGAGCUCAAUGCGGCCGCGCACGGGUCCUGUUUGGCCGAUGACGCGGCCGUCUUCAUCGUCGCCUCUGUUGAGAGGGUGGAGAACCUGGCGUUGUGGAAGGCGUACUGGCACGGCAAGCGUGAGAUGACCGACGCGCAUCAUGCCCAUCAAAUCAGGGUCAAGGCUUUGGCCCCGCCGGCGAAGGUAUCGCUCUCGUGCCUCGACGACGACCACGUGCCACUCGAGCCGAGCCUGAACGAGUGCCGCCUCUUCCACGGCACCGACGCCGCGACGGCCGCGCUCCUGUCGGAGCUCGACUUUGACGAGCGGGCUGCCGAGUACGCGCCGGCCGAGGAGCGGGGCGCUGCCGGGCCGCCGCUGCAGACCCUGCUCGUCGUGCGCGCGGCGCUCGGCGACCCGGCCUACCUCUCGCACGCGUUCAAGAAUGCCAGGCGGCCGCCCGAGCGUGGCGACGCCUUUACGCGCGGCACAACCUACGACAGCGUCGUCGCCACGACGGUGGACACGCGCGUCGGCUACGGCCCGCUGAUGGACUCGGGCGAGGCGACGGGGGAGGAGCACCGCGAGAUCGUCUUGUACGACCACCGCCACGUGUACCCCGAGUAUAUCGUGCGCUUCCGCCGCGGCAAGUAUCGAGGCAAGUAG